GCGCGUGUGCGCACGCAUGGCCCGCGCCGCGGACCCUCUCGCCUUUCUUAUCCGCCGAGGCGGCUGCAGCCCCGCGCGCCAGGCUUGGGCCGUCUGGGGACCUUCCUCCCUCGGAACAUGGGGGCCUCGAGCGGCCCCGGUCACUUUUGUCCGCUGCAGGCGGGCGAGUCGCGACGUUUGUAAAUUGCAAACAGACCCACGUGGUUCUGCAGCAGUCCCGGCCAUGCUUGGUGCUGGUGGCUUCCCCCCCGCGCUUCCUCCUCCCCCCUCCCGCAGCGGCUUCCUUCCUCUCCCUCCUUCAUCGCUCUCUCUGGGCCCCCCCACUCCAAGGGAGACUGGGGGGCCCGUGUCUCGCGUGGGGCCAAGGGGCCAGGGGCUACAAUGCAGCCAUGCCGCGGCUUCGGGCGCGGGGAGGGGGGUGCGGGGAGCCGGGUGGUUGUGAGUGUUUGCUGGGACCGGGGCUGCAGCGGGGUCUGGGGGCGUGCUGGAGAGGGGGUGAGGGAGUGGGCGGGACCCGGGAAGCCAGCGCGGCCCGCCAGGAGCGCCGCGGACCCGGGCACGUUGGCGGCCGCUUACUAGCUCGCCGCCCGCGCCCGGGCGCUGUUUACUAGCGAGGCCUGGACGUGACUCUGCAGCCCUCUUGGAGUAGGCGGACCUCCGCGCGCAGCCUCGCGGGAGCUGUAGUUCUCCAUGCCGCGUCUUUGCGGCAUUGUGGGAGUUGUAGGCGCGCCCAGGCCAUGCUUUACCCGCACAAAGCUCGGCCCCCGCGGGCGGGAUGGGCGAGGCAGGCCGGCCUGGCCAACAUUCCACUGACCCCUGAGACUCAGCGGGACCAGGAGCGGCGGAUUCGGCGGGAGAUCGCCAACAGCAACGAGCGGAGGCGCAUGCAGAGCAUCAACGCGGGCUUCCAGUCCCUCAAGACCCUCAUCCCCCACACAGAUGGAGAGAAGCUCAGCAAGGCAGCCAUUCUCCAGCAGACGGCAGAGUACAUCUUCUCCCUGGAGCAGGAGAAGACCCGGCUCCUGCAGCAGAACACACAGCUCAAGCGCUUUAUCCAGGAGCUGAGCGGCUCGUCCCCCAAGCGGCGGCGGGCAGAGGACAAAGACGAGGGCAUUGGCUCACCGGACAUCUGGGAGGACGAGAAGGCAGAGGAUCUGCGGCGGGAGAUGAUCGAGCUGCGGCAGCAACUGGACAAGGAGCGCUCAGUGCGCAUGAUGCUGGAGGAGCAGGUCCGCUCCCUGGAGGCCCACAUGUACCCGGAAAAGCUCAAGGUGAUCGCACAGCAGGUGCAGCUGCAGCAGCAGCAGGAGCAGGUCCGGCUGCUGCACCAGGAGAAACUGGAGCGGGAACAGCAGCACCUGCGGACCCAGCUCCUGCCCACUCCGGCCCCCACCCAGCACCCCACGGUGAUAGUGCCGGCGCCGGCACCCCCUCCCUCCCACCACAUCAACGUCGUUACCAUGGGCCCCUCCUCGGUCAUCAACUCUGUUUCAACGUCCCGGCAAAAUCUGGACACCAUCGUGCAGGCAAUCCAGCACAUCGAGGGCACCCAGGGCCAGGAGGAGGAGCAGCGGCGAGUCGUCAUCGUGAAGCAGGUCCGCGGCUGCCCCGAGGCCCACGCCUCGGACACCGCCUCCGAUUCGGAGGCCUCAGACAGCGACGCCAUGGACCAGGGCCGGGAGGAGCCGGCAGGGAACGGGGGGCUUCCCUGACCAGCCCCCCAGCCCUCCUCUCCCUUCUGGGGGCUGGAGGGGGCGGGGCAGCAACUGGGAGAGAGACGAGGGUGAACGAGUGAGAAAUUUUUACAAAAUUUACGGCGUCAUUUGGGUCUCUUUUAUGACCUCUUUUUUCAAUACUGUAAAUCGUCCUUUGAGUGAAGCCGCCCUACCCGAAGUCGGGCUGGGGCGGCAGGAGCGCCUGGCAGCACCCGGGCACCUGGGGCUGGGCCUCGGCCCCGGAGGCUGGGGAAGCGGACGUGGAGGUGACUGGCCUCUCUCCGCCAAAAAAGCAUUUUUUCAAUGAAACAUGUUUUUAAGACCAGGGAAAAAAAUCAAACAAAACCCCAAGGUAUUUUUGCCCUCUCCGGAGCCAACCCGGGACCGUCAGUUUUUAAUUACCCCUUCCCUCCUCUUUUUUUGGUGUUCUUUCUCCUUUAAGCACUUACAUGGGUUGGGGGUCUGGCUGGGUCGGGGCUCUGGGGGUCCGGGGGGUCUCCAUUGCUUCUCGGUUGGGGUUUGCUGCUGCCCUUCUCCCCUCCCCUCCCUCACUACCCGGCCCCCCACCUCUCCCUCCAGGUUUCCCAUCUUGCACCCCAAAAAAGUCUUUGUCUCUCUCUUUGUUUUGUCUGUUGUUGGUUCUUUUUUGGUUUUGGUUUUUUUUUUUUUUUUUUUUUUUACAAUUUUGAGGUCUUUGUGUUCAAGGAGAAACUAUUAUAUUUUGUUAAAAAAGUGGGGGGGAAAACCAAGAGGCCCCUGUGCCUUUAUAAAGAAACAAAAUAAAGUUUGUACUUUGUUUUUUAGA